AUGGACGAUCCCUCAGACCCAUCAACCCGCAUCCUAACGCACCUCUCAAAGACCCUCUCCCUCUCCCCGCCCCAAUCAACCCACCCGCCCGCGACCCUCACGGGGCUCCCGACCUCCCACACCGGCACAGCCUACCUCUUCCUCUCCGUCUCGGCCCACCACCCCCGCCUCCAGGUCCACUCCUACCCGGCCAUCCACUGGGCCCGCGCCUACAUCUCCAACAUCCCGACCCCGUCCGCGCCGCUAUCUCUGUCUCUGCCCCACGCCGAAGAAACAAGAGGCGAGGAGAGCCACGGCUCCGGCCCCGUCAUCGGCCUCUUAUCCGACGCCCUCGCCGGCCCGGCCAUCCGCGCCUGCGUCACAAAGGACCUCGUCCACGUCCGUAAAUUCCUCGCGCUACUCGCCCCCGUGCUGGAAUACAUUGUCAUCUCCAACAACGACACCACCAACUCCACCUCGGCAAUGGAAAUAGACCCCCAAGAACCCACGACCACGGUCACGACCACAUCCCCACCCCUCCCAAGCUGCCUCUUCCACGGCCUCGCAGGAACCCUCUACCUCCUCCGUCUAAUCCGCCACUGGGUCCCCUCCUCCGCGCCCCUCGUCUGCGGCGCAAUCGUCCACGUGUCAGACUACCUCCUCUCCCCCUCGCCAUGGACGUGUCCGUCUCACCACCCUCCCCCUUCGGCACCACCACCACCACCGGCGCAGUCCUCCGCACCCAUCCCGGAAGACCGCUACGGCACAGCCCACGGCGACCUAGGCAUCAUCACCCAACUCGUCCUCACGUCCCCGCCCCUCGCCCCGUCGUUGACAGACCGCCUCGCCGCCCUCCUAGACCUCCAGCUCCCCAACGGGGACUGGCCAUCACCACCACCACCCUCAUUCUCCGCAAGCUCACCUCGCCCACAAGAGCAAGAACCCCCCAGCGAUCCAGAACAGUCCUCCAUCGCACCGCCGACACCAGACCAAACACCAACCAACCCCCACAACCACGCGACACCCACACACCACCCUACGCCUUCACCAUCGCAGCGGCGCGGCUUCGCCUCCGGCCCGCAAGGCCUAGUCCUCUCCCUCCUCUCCCUCCGGCCCUUCUUCCCACGUCUGCACAGCCGCAUCGACGACGCCGUCGAAAGGGCGCGCGCGUUCCUCUGGGCCCAGGCUGUUGAUCCUGAUGUGCUUCCCGGGGAGGCGAGUCUCUUUUACGGGUCGUUGAGUACUGCAUUAACCUUUCCAAAAGGCCCCCAAAGAACCCACCUCCUACAAACAGCAUCAACCUCGUCGCCGCAAACCCAACACGCUCUCUCCCCACCCUCACACUCGAACACUAAUAUCACGCCAACCUCCAACACCAACACCAACACCACGUCCCAAACCUCAUCAACACCAUCCGCCGCCGUCUCGACAACAACAACAACAACAGCCGGUUCCGUAACAACCUCGCCAAACCCCGGCUCAGCAUGGCUCCACGCCGUCUGCGAGCGCGAUUUGCCGCGCAUGAUCUUCUACAAUGACAUUUAA